GCGCAGACAGUUUGCUUCCCAAAUCCUCAGCACUCUGUGGUCACCAUGGCACGGUGCAAAUCCUCGGCAGCGAGGCUAUGUGUGGCGCUGGUGAUAGGACUUCUGGCACUGGGCAUCAUUUGGCAGGUCUCAUCAGCCCCUCAGGAGGAGGUUCCGGUCGAGGCGGGUGCUCCAGCGCAGGGACAUCGUGGUACUUUGCCGGCCUUCAAGCUGGGACCCAUUGAGAAUCUCAAGGCCCUCUCUGCAGCUGAAGAGCAGACCUUGGAGGAUGGCAAGCUGGUGCUCCGCCAGGAGGAAGAUCCGACCCGGGGCAAGGGCCUGGCGAUUCGUGACAUGGCCGCGCCCCCGGACGUGGUCAUGGAGGAGCUACUAGACUUCAAGAACUACAAGAAGAAGGUAGCGAUGUGUUCCAAAAGCGUGGUCUACGGCACCCAACGUUUAAAAGGUGGCAAGGAGCAAGUGAAGGUGGAAAUGUCCUCGACCAUCAUCCCGGGCUGGUCCUUCAAUUGCUACUUUGACCACACCGUGGACCGCAAAGGGCAUUCGAUGAUUUGGUCUCUAGACUAUGACCGGCGUUCGGAUGUGGAUGACAUCAAGGGCAUGUGGUAUGUGGCGCCACAUCCGACAAAGGAAGGUUGGUCACGUGUCUUCUACCAGAUCGAUAUGAGGCUCAGGUAUCGAGUGCCAGGCAUCCUUUAUCGAGCCCUCUCACGCAGCAGUCUCAGCAGCGCGGUUUCAUGGGUGAAGGAUUACAGUGAAAAGCGUGCUCAGAGCUAGGAGAGCGCGGCGAGCUAGGAUGCAUUGCAAUACGAAAGUAUGAGG